AUGUCUGCUCUCCGCUCCAUGGGCCAGCUGCAUGCGAGUGUCGCAAUCGAUGUGCGCCCCCCUUAUAACCCAGAUGUAAACGGCGCUUCCCCAGGUAUCGCUUGUUUAUCUCGUUCUGCGCCCUUAUCACCGCCGGUGGAGUCGAGCACCACCAUGACCGAGAAGUUCGAGAAAGUUGAUGAGCUCCGCCUCGAGCCCGUCGACUCGAAGCACUCCCACCCGAAGGACAACGGUGGCAUCUCCAUCCACGACCCCGCCGCCAACGACGCGGAGCAGCUCGUGCACGACCAUGACGAGUUCACGCCCCAGGAGUACAAGAAGCUCAUGCUCAAGGUCGACCUGAUCCUCAUGCCCAUGCUCAUGAUCAUCUAUGGUCUGCAGUUCUCCGACAAGACGAGUCUUUCGUCCGGUGUCGUUUUCGGCCUCCGCGAGGACACACACUUGAAGGGCAAUGAGUUCGGUAACCUGUCCAGCUUUUUCUACAUGUCCUAUGCUGUGGCUCAGUAUCCAAUGGCCUGGGUUCUGCAGAAGGUCCCACUCGGACGAGGUCUGGCCGUUUGUGUCAUCAUUUGGGGCGUCGUGGUCCUCUGUCUCGGCGUAUGCAACAACUACGCGCAGCUCGCCGGCGUGCGCACCCUUCUGGGCUGGUUUGAGGCCGUCGUAACUCCCGGUUUCGCCAUCUUCACCUCUACGUGGUGGCUUCGACGCGAGCAGAGUCUUCGCCAGGGACUCUAUUACUCGAUGAACACUUUCUUCGCUAUGGUUUUCGGUGUUGGAAUCUACUACAUCGGCAAGAAUGCGCAAGAGAACGGCGGCCUUUCGGGAUGGCGCGUCAUCAACUUCUUCCUCGGCGGCGUCACUAUCGGCAUGGGCGUUCUUUUCUUCAUCUUUGGCGGCACUCCCGAUGAGGUCUGGUGGCUGUCCAAGCGCGAGAAGCGUAUGGCCAAGGCGCGCAUUGUUGAGAACGCGACCGGAUCGACCCAGCACCCGUGGAAGUGGCACCAGGUCAGGGAGUGCUUCAGAGACCCUCAGUACUGGUUUGCCAUGCUGUUCGCCCUGGCCGGAAACAUCCCCAACGGAGCUAUCACUUCUGACGCUCAGGUUUUCAACACACUCGUGUACAAGGGCUUCGGUUUCAACGAUCUCGACUCUAUUCUGUACCAGCUGCCGGGCUACGCAGUGACUUUCGUGAUCGUCGUGGCCUCGGCAGUCGGCGUCCGCUACUAUCCCAAACUCCGCUUCCCCCUCGCCAUCCUGUAUCAGGGUAUCACCGCGUUUGUGCUCCUCUUCGUGGGCCUUGCCGAGGUGGGCCGCUGGGCCCGUUGGGGCGUCUGGCUGCUCUGCCUGGUUUACUCUAUCGCCACCUUCAUUACUGCCUGGCCGAUGAUCUCCAUGAACGUCGCCGGAAGGACCAAGAAGUCGUUCUUUGGUGGUUCUUCGCUGAUCGUGUACUGCAUUGGCAACGUCAUUGGCUCGCAGAUCUUCCUGCCCUCUGAUGCCCCCAAGUACCACCGGGGACUGAUUGGCUGCGCGAUCUGCCUGAUCGCUUCGAUCUUUAUCACGGGUGGAUGGUGGUGGUAUUACGUUAGGACGAACCGGAAGCGGGCGCAGUUCUUCGCCUCGCAGGGAAUCAGCGAGGAGGAGCGUCGUUUCCGUGCUCAGGUCAAUGGAGAGCUGGACCUGACGGACCUUGAGAACAAGGAGUUCGAGUACGUGACUUAA